GCUCACACCUUCAACACUGACGAACAUGAAGGCAACAAUUCUGGUACUGUCGGCGGCGGCGGCGGUGGUGGCGCUGGCGCGGCCCCAGGGCGGGUAUGGUGUUCCUGGGGGCCCCAUUGGACCCAUCGGCCCGGCGAAGUACAACUUCCAAUGGGAGGUUAACGACCCUCCUUCAGGCAAUUCCUACGGUCACCAGGAACAGAGGGACGGAGACAGCACAAAGGGCAGUUACUACGUCCUGCUGCCAGACACCCGCCGCAUGCUGGUUGAGUACUUCGUCGACCAGUUCGGUUACCACCCCACCGUCACCUUCGAGGGCAAGGCCGUGUACCCAACCGGACCUGGACCCCAGAAGGGCUACUACCCUUAACCGAAUCUCACAUUCAGUGGGACCUGGACUCAGCUAGGUCACUGUCACAGACCUUUCCACAUCCUUUUCAGCUGCUCGAUCCUACCACCCAACCCUCGUUGAUGUCACUAUGCUUCUCCCGGCUCAAUAUAACCUCAUUAUGAAAGUGAUAAGCUCAGUGCCUUGUAAAGGGCAUCUGGA